GUGUCUAAAUUUAACAUCCAUUAAUCAAUAUCCGGUGAAGUAGGAGUUUGCUUUCGACAAGUGAAGUUUCAUCGGGGAAGUCAGAUGGAGGUGUACCCUGUGCCAGUAUUCAGUCCACCAGACCUGUGCGAUGGGGAACGGAGAUGUCGGGAUAUGUGGAUGGAGUUUGUGUACAUUGUGGUGAUUCCUGCAGGCGUUGUAUUGUUGUUAGCAAUGGUCCUCAGCAUGAUCCUUUGCUGUAGCUGCACAAGAAGGAGGAAGAAAUCAGAAAGUCAAGAAGAUAUUGAUUUGGAUAAGUACAACUCCAUCAGAAGAGCAUCACAAGGCCUUAGGGAACUCUCUAGGAAAAGAGAUACAUUACUGCUGUCUAGCCGCAGUGGUUCAAUGACCCUUGACCGUGAGCACCGCUACCGUAGGGGUAUGCAUGGACGAGACACCUGCCAAUCUGCCCCGGGAACACUACAGAGAGAUCGGAGGCGUGAAAGACGAGAAGCUCACAGCGCAUCCCCACCCCCAUACCAACUCCCACCACAGUACUCUGUCAACAGUGGGGAGGCCAUAGACAGAUCCUCUGCCACACCCCACAGCCACACAGCCUCGGAGAACGACGCCCUCAUGUCACAGCAGUAUGCCUGAGGUCAGACUGAUCGAUCCAGUCUUGGAGACAAGGGAUCAUGUUCUAUUGAAUAUAGAUUACGAUAGUUGGCCUUCGAGGAAUAUGGCCAUAGAAAAAUGGAGUGUUAUAUAUAUUUAUGGAAACACAACUUUUGUUUGGAUUUUUUUAAACUAUUUGUCAUCACUUUUAUUUGUUAAAUGUUAGUCAUACAGACAAUAGCCGUUUUUGCUGCUGUUACAUUUUAUGAUUGAUAUGUACAUUGUGAGGAACCCAUGCAUUUGAUACAGUGUCUAAGGUUUUAAAAUACAUAUCUGCCAAGUCACCAACAAAGGUGAACUUGCAUGACCUACACAGUUUGUAAUAUAUACAACAAUUACUGCAGAAUGCAUGCUAGAAUAUGGAAUAUCCUGCAUUUGAACUUCUUAUCCCAAAAUUUACAUUAUUUUAAAAUCACCUUUUUAAACUUUGAAUUCUAAAAUUCUGUAUCGAAAAGACUCUGUAAUAUUAGAAUUAAACUUUUCAUAUUUUAAAUGCCAUAUUACUGUCAAAUGGUCAUCAGACUGAAAUGACCAGUAACUAGCAGGCUUGACCUGCAUUUUGGCCAUCUAUGUCGACCCUUAUACUUAUUUCAUUGCUGAGCAAUUGGCAGAUAACAUUUAUUAAUGGGCUAUGCAAUACGCCUUGAUCUUCCGGCCCAGUUUCACAAUCAUCUGUAGAUCUGCAGACAGUGGUGUCAACAUAAAUUCUGAAAAUAUCUCAAAUGAUGUUAACAGAAAAGGGCUUUGAUAUACAAUUUACUGUAUACCAAGUUGUUUUUUUCUUGAAUCUGUACCUGGUAUCAUAAAAUUGUUUUAUCUUAAAUAAUCUAUUUAUACAUGCAUCAGAAAACAAUCUCAUCUAAAGGUGGUCUGGUUUUGAGAUAGGGAAAGAAUCUCAGACUUUUUGAUGAUUCUGAAACUAGGGAUUUAUGAUAUUAUUUUUGAUUAAUAAGAGAUAUUAUUUAGAGAAAUUGUGUUGUGAACGACAGAGUUGUGAGUUAUGUAUUUAUCAUAUUGUUAUAAUGGUGCUACUAGAAAACAAAUGAUCUUAUGUGUAUACAAUAUAUAUGUUUAAUAAAUGGAUUACUGAAUUUGAUAUUAUAUAACCUUUACAUGAAAUAGCUUUAAUGACUAAGAAUUUUAGAAUAUAAUGUUUUGAGCAACUUCUUUUUAAAAGUUUGUAUUUUUACAAAUACAUAGAAAGUACCAAUAUAUAGAAACACAGCAUCAAAUAACUGUCCAAUUUAUGGGUUUCAGAGCCUAUGAAUAAUUUAACAGGAUGUUACUUUAAGCCAAAAAAAUCUCCUUUUGACUGUUUCAUCUUCUGUAUAAAGGGGAGAUUACUCCAAGUCAAAGAAGCUUUGAGCUGAAGUCACCUUAGUGAUGAUAACUGAUACGGUAGUAGCCUUUACCGUAACCCUUUCAUCCCUAUGUAACUUUAGAAGACUCGACCAUGCAUUGAUCUGGAUGAGACCAUUAUGGUCUACAGUGGUGAAAGGGUUCAGAAGUUUUGAAAAUGAAGUUUUGAGAAGUGUUUUCAAAUCUCAAUUAUAAUCCUGUAUCUUAUACUGAAUCAUUGUAGUAGAAAACUAGGAAUGUACCACACCCUUUGUGCCUUUUCUUUGUUCAGGGUAUUGUUGAUUAUGUUGUUUAUUUUAUUCAAUUAUCAUAUAAAAUUUGGGCCAGCUUUAUUAUUUGUGCCAAAGUUUGAUAAAAGUCAUUUUGAUAUGUACAGUGAAAUGUUAUUAAUCUGGACAUUUACUUUCCAAACCAAUCUUGUAUAUUGUGGUCACUUUGAAUUCAGAAAUAUGUACUGUAAAAGAUCUUCAAUGUCAUGAAAACAUUUCCAAAUGAAUAACAGGUACUGGAAACUUCAAUGCUUCACCUCUUCACAAAUUUGCUCAUUGUUUAAAAUACCAUUGGUAUAAACGUAGAUAAAAUAUAUAUAUAUCUAAAGUUUUUUCUCUGAGUUGAAUUUUUCCUCUCGUGUCUUUUUAACAAUUCUUUUUUUACUUUUAGACUUACGGCACAUCAGUCAAACAAAUCAUGAUAUAAUAUUGGAACAUAUACAGUACAUUAUAUAGACAUUGAGAUUCUAUUGAUUUGACUCAUACAAUAUUGUAGUUAUUAGUUCUUAAUUGAUUUCAAUAAUUAAUUGACAAGAGUUUAUUAAUAUUUUCAUAUUUAAACAACAACAGAUGGAUUUGUCCGGUAAGAACAUUUAAUUUUUUUUUCUCCACAAAGUACUAUAGCUGUAUGGAUGUGCCUUUGUCUUUGUACCUCAUAAUGUCCUUUGGUCCAUCAAUAAUUCUUUGAGUGUAAAGUUGAAAGCUAGUUCCGUCCAAACUUUAUAAGGUUUCAAUUAUCAAACACUGUAUUGAAGAAAUUAAAGAAAAAAUCAAUGUAAAAAAUAUUUUUUACUUAAUUGUUGCUAAUUUUCGUGGAUUUACCAGUAUUGUAAGGUCAUUUUUCGUGGGAUAAAUUUGUACCGGCUUUCAGGUCUAGUUGCCAUGGUACAAAAUACUAUAGUCAAGAUGGUUUGAAUCUUUAUUAAUUUUUCAUGUUGGGUUUUUGUUGGACAAGUUGUCGCAAUGAGAAUCAUGAAAAUCAGAACCCUGUGGCAACAAAUCCUUUAGAGCUAUAACUAGAGUCAAGGCCUUUCUUUACGAGAAUAACACAUAGAGAACCAUAAUUAAUUAGAACCUGUUUUGUGGAUCUGUUAACUAUUGUAAACACACACUAAAGAAAGAUUAGUGGAAAUGUUUUAUAUCUGUUUUUCACUCAAUGUUAAAUUUUGUUUAACUUCUGUAAUUUAUUACUGAAUUGCAGGUCACCAGUUGUAACUACUGAGUUUAUUAUACUUUUAGUUUAACAUAUUUGCUUUAGUCAAAUUUGCUGACAAAAGAUUUUUUAUGAAAAAAACUAGUUUUAACUUUGUAGUUAACUUUACCAUAUAUGCAGAACCAUUUGUGCCUUUACUUGUGUAUGUUUGUAAACAGUCAUAUUUAUUAAAAUUAAUCCAUGUAAACAAA